AGCUCGCUACUCCAGCAACCCCCAAGAAACCGUCUUGUCUCGGUCACCGUUUCCGCGACUUGACUCCUGUAGCUCAUUGCAGCCUGCGCGUCUUUGCGCUACUCACAAAAAACAUCUGCAGCUUCACUCUGCAGCUUUCUCUAUACUAACUUCAUAUCAGAACGAUGACGAGCUCAUCGAUGCUUUUGAUCGUGGGCGAGGCCCUUCGGGAUGUCAGCGCUGAGCUGUUGAUGUUCGUCCUCGCAGCCUUGGUCUAUGUGCUGGCCACCCGGGCGCUUCAUGUACCGAAGAAGAAAGCAGGGCCUGAACCCGAAGCAAAAGCGAAGCGGGUGGUCGAGCGCAAGGUCGGACGGAAGGAGAUGGAGGAGACCGCCGAAGUCUACCACAGUCUUUUGCAGAGCACCAAGAGCAAUGAGGCAUCACAGGUUCUGAUCUCCCUGGAGCAGUUGGAUGCGUCACAGCGAGCGGCCUUGCCCCUGCAGCUGGCCGUCAAGGUGCUCUUGGCUGUGGCACGUUCUAGCGAGGAGGAGACCAGGUCGUGCCACGUACCAAACGGUGCCUUUUCAGCGGCAGUUGGUGCUGGAUGCGGGUCGUGUGGGCCAAACGGGAAUGCGGCGCAAGAGGCCUCGCGCUGGCGCAACGUCCACUGCUGCCGAAGGCUCUACGACUUGGCAGGUCUUUUGUCCGUGCAGAUGAGCGAGAAGUUCUUGGUGCUUUUGGUACGAGGCCACUCCAAUGAUCAUCCAGCCAUGCACUCGAUGGUGGAACAGAUCUUGGCCCAAGGCUCCUUGACGUUGAGCCGAUCCUUCUUGGACGCCUUGACAGCGCAGUGCACGUCGGCCAACAACCAAGACACCUUGAAGAUGAUCCAGGUGCACGAGAAUUCCUUGGGCAUUGACCUCCACCGCCAGGCACGACUCAUCAGCGGUUACGGAAAGGAGGGCAACUUGGAAGCGGCUCUGGAGGCCUUCCUGAAGGUGAAGAACUCGUCGACUCCGCCCAAUUCCCUGGUCUACAACUGCUUGUUGGACGCGCUGAUCGAGUGCAAGGCCUUCCCACGGGCCUUGGAUUGCUUCGAGGAGAUGCGAAAGAACUCCCUGGCGGACGUGGUCAGCUACAACACCAUUAUGAAAGGCCAUCUCGCAGUAAACGACACCAUGGCAGCCCAGAGAGUCUUCCAAGAGAUGCACCAAGCUGGCUUGGUGGCCAGCCGUGUGACCUACCACGCGCUGCUGAACGCGGUGGUGAGCAAGAAUGACCGUCGCUCUGCUUGGCGCAUGGUCACUGAGAUGAAAGGCAAAGGCAUUGGUGCCAGCACCAUCACUUGCAGCAUCCUCUUGAAGAGCAUUGUGGGGCGAGCACAUGGGCAAGAUCUCCCAAAGGUCCUCGCGCUCAUGCAGGAGUCUCAGGUCCAUAUGGAUGAGGCCCUCUUCGGCGGCUUCGCGGAUGCGUGCGCGCGCGCGAACCAGCUGGAGCUGCUGUGGUCGGUCUUCCAGGAACUUGUGAAGAAAGAGACGCCCUUGCAGAUCAGCGGCCCGACCUACGGGAGCAUGAUGAAAGCCUUUGGCCAAGCACAAGAGGUCCGGAAGGUGAAGGAGUUGUGGACACAGAUGGGCACUCAGAAGGUCAAGUUGACGGCGGUCACCUUGGGCUGCAUGGUGGAGGCCUUGGUGAGCAACAACCAUGUCUCCGAUGCUUGGAAGAUCGUCAAUGAGACCUGGGCCAAAGAGGAGAAUCAAGACUUGGUGAACACUGUGAUCUACUCCACCAUUGUCAAAGGCUUCACCAUGUCUCGGCAACAUGACCAGGUAGUCGCAAUCUACAAGGAGAUGAAGGAUAGGGGCAUUCCAUGCAACACCAUCACUUACAACACCAUGUUGAAUGCCCUGGCCCGUUGUGGGCGAAUGCACGAUGUUCCACAGUUGCUCGCCGACAUGCGUGACAGUAAUCCUCCAGUGCAGCCUGACAUCAUCACCUACUCCACAUUGGUGAAGGGCUGCUGCAUCGCUGGAGAUGUGGAUCGUGCCUUCUCGCUUUUGGAGGAGAUGAAGAAGAUGAGACACGUGAAACCAGACGAGGUGCUCUACAACAGCCUUUUGGAUGGCUGUGCCAAGCAAUCACGGGUGGAGGAGGCCUUGAAGCUUUUAGAGGAGAUGAAGGAGCAAGGCGUGACGCCAAGCAAUUAUACCUUGAGCAUCUUGUGCAAGCUCUUGGGUCGCGGAAGGCGCUUGGAGCAAGCCUUCAAGAUGGUUGCCACCUUCACCGAGCAGUAUGGCUUCAAAGCUAACAUCCAGGUCUACACUUGCUUGAUGCAAGCCUGUAUCCACAACCGCCAGUGCUCCAGGGUCUUGGCUUUGCACGACCAGGUGGUCAAGGAUGGCACCUGCAAGCCUGAUGCCAAGACGUACACGGUCAUGCUACGGGGCUGUUUGCAGGCCGGACUGCUGGAGAAGGCAGUCUCUGUGGUCCGUUGCGCUUAUCACCUGCCUGGCCAUGACCUCUGCCAGACCACUGGACCUGCUCCAGGGGUGGAACCCGCCUGCUUGGAGGAUCUGUUCAGCGCAUUGAGCUUCGAGCAGAGGGAGGCGCUGACGAAGGACUUGCAGACGAUCGGCGUAUCCUGCAGACAGCAGGCCACCCAUGCUGGCACCCACCGCCGACGCCGCUGAACAGCGCUGUUCCUGUGCGGUAGGAAGGGAUGUCCUGACACUUGCCUGCUGUCUUUCGUGGGUGAAAACUGCGGAACGUGUGGCGCGCUGGACUUCGCAGAUCGGCGGAGUUUUCGGAGGAGUUAAGACGCUGGAGUUGACAGGUGUUGCAGGGGAAUGUGCAGAGCACAGUUGUCGUACCAAUCCAGGCCACAUCUUCUUCCUCAUUGAUAUAUGUGGGCAUUUGCUCACCAAACAUU